UUGUUGACCACAGACAGACACCACUCCUCUUAUCUCAAACGAGAAAAAAAGAUUCUAAUCUCAACUGAAUCUUCACUUUUUCUGAAUCAUGGUGGUGUCCAGAUCUCUCAGCUUCCAUCUUCAUCCCAAAUCAUCCAUCCCUUUAAUUCCCCAAAACACCAGAUCCUCCUCUCACUUUACUACCACCACCGUCACUAAUCCAUCAUCAUCAACUACCAUUACCACCAAAUUAACUGGAAAACAGCUUUCUUUCCUACCAAAGAGGUUCAGCAGCAAGAGUUUGACUCCCAUGGCAUCAAGCCACUCCACAUCUACUCCUAUAUUUGAUGAAUUCAAACCCGAUCCCACUCUCACAAAUGAUGAUCUCAAGCCAACAACACCUGAUCAGAGAACCUUUUCAGGGUGGGAAAUGGCUAGUCUUUGGAUUGGUCUUGUUGUUGGAGUCCCAACUUAUUACUUGGCAGGUAGUCUUGUUGAUCUUGGGAUGGCUUGGUGGCAAGGGAUUGUCACUGUUGUUGCUGCCAACAUAAUCCUACUGGUCCCAUUAGUCCUCACAGGGCAUCCUGGCACAAGAUAUGGGAUUCCUUUUCCAGUCCUGGCUAGAUCUUCUUUUGGUAUUAAGGGUGCACAUGUACCCACUAUGCUUAGAGCAUUAGUGGGUUGUGGUUGGUAUGGGAUUGAGUCUUGGAUUGGUGGUGAGGCCAUUUUUAUUCUCUUACCCAAAUCCCUCAAACAAUCUUCACUGUCAAAUGUCUUGCCUUGGCUUGGUACUUCUCCAUUAGAGUUUACUUGUUUUCUUGCUUUCUGGGUUGUACAAUUAGCUAUUGUUUGGAAAGGAAUUGAUGGGAUUAGAGAGCUUGAGAAGUACUCAGCUCCAAUUCUAAUCAUUCUCACUUCUUGUCUUCUUGUCUGGGCUUAUGUUAAUGCUGGUGGGUUUGGUUACAUGUUGUCUAUGACAUCAAGACUCUCCUCCUCUGAAUUUUGGUCUCUCUUUUUUCCUUCUCUUACUGCAAAUAUAAGCUUUUGGGCUCCUCUGGCAAUUAAUAUUCCUGAUUUCACUAGAUAUGCUAAGAGCCAGACUGACCAGAUUAUUGGACAAUCUGGUCUCCCAAUUUUUAUGGCUGCAUUUACAUUUGUUGGUCUGGCUGUAACAUCAUCAACUAAACCGAUUUUCGGUCGAGUGAUUUCUAAUCCAAUUCAACUUCUAGAGCAAAUUGGGGGGUUCACAACAUUAAUCCUAGCAAUUGUAGGAAUUAGUCUUGCCACACUUACAACCAACAUAGCUGCGAAUGUCGUCGCCCCGGCGAAUACUCUUGUCAAUCUUAGCCCUUCACUGUUCACAUUCAGAAGAGGAGCACUAUUGACUGCAUUGCUUGGUAUAGCUUUUCAACCUUGGAGACUUCUUCAGUCAAGUGAGAGAUUUGUUUAUACAUGGCUAGUGGGGUACUCUGCAUUGUUAGGUCCAAUUGGGGGCAUAAUUCUUGCAGACUAUUAUCUUAUUCAGAGAACCAAUUUGAGUGUGAAGGAUUUGUAUUCUUUGAGUCCUUAUGGAGCUUAUUGUUACAAUGGAGGCUACAAUGUGCCUGCUAUUACAGCUCUUAUUGUUGGGAUUUUGCCUGUGUUGCCGGGUUUGUCACAGAAGGUUGGGAUUCUCUCUCAAAUUCCAGAUGUGUUGGUGAUCAUCUACAAUAAUGCUUGGUUUUUUAGCUUCUUUUCUGCUGGUUUUCUGUAUUGGACUCUGUCAUAUUUGAUAGGUCAACAGAAGAAAUCCCUGCCACAGGACCCCCCCCUUCUACCCUCUGCAACCUAGUAUUCAAAUGCUUUGCUUAGUGGGUCUCGUCUGUUUUUCUUUUUAUUUUCUUUAGUUUAUGUAAACAUGAUGAAUAUGAUAGAAUACAAUAUGUUAGUGAAACUUGAAUAAUUAAGCAUGUAUUCUGCAAAAUUUGUAUGCAGAAAGACAGUAUGGAGAAUGCAAUGAAGCCUCUACACUUGUAUUUA